GACAGUCUGUGUAAAACAGCGAAGGGUAUCGUUGAAAGUGCAUUUGAAGAUAUUUUCGCUUUUUUUCUUUUAAUAUUCGUGAUUAUCUCACGAAAGCAAUGAAAAAGGCGUUAAUAUUAAUAUCAAUCCUGUUCUUCGUGGCAGGAUUUGUUAGAGGAGAGGAUGAAGUCGACGAGAAUGUUGGAACUGUGGAAAAUGAUUUAGGAGCCAGUCGCGAAGGAUCUCGAACAGACGAUGGAGUUGUUCAGAGGGAAGAGGAGGCGAUAAAAUUAGACGGUUUAAACGUGGCUCAAAUAAAAGAACUGAGGGAAAAGGCUGAAAAGUUUAUGUUUCAGACUGAAGUCAAUCGAAUGAUGAAACUUAUUAUAAAUUCCCUCUAUCGUAACAAAGACAUCUUCCUGAGGGAAUUGAUAUCGAAUGCAUCCGAUGCUUUAGAUAAAAUUAGAUUAUUAUCUCUCACAGAUAAAAAUGUUCUGGACACUAAUCCAGAGUUAGCGAUUAGGAUAAAGUCAGAUAAAGAGAACAAGAUACUAAGCAUAACCGAUUCUGGUAUCGGUAUGACUAAAAAGGACCUGAUCACUAACCUUGGAACCAUUGCUAAAUCUGGAACUGCAGAAUUCUUGGGAAAAAUGCAAGAGGCCUCCAAUAAUCAAGAUUUGAACGAUAUGAUCGGUCAGUUUGGAGUAGGUUUCUACUCUGCAUUCUUAGUUUCUAAUACUGUAAUUGUCACUUCUAAACACAACGACGACAAACAAUACAUCUGGCAGUCUGAUAGCAAUAGUUACAGCAUUGUCGAAGACCCAAGGGGAGAUACAUUGAAGAGAGGGACAACAGUUAGCCUGCACUUGAAGGACGAAGCGUUAGACUUCCUAGAAGAGGAUACCAUUAGGAACUUAGUGAAGAAGUACUCGCAAUUCAUCAACUUCCCUAUUUAUCUCUGGAGCAGCAAAGUCGUCCAGGUCGACGAGGAAGAGGACGAACAGGCGAAGGACGAUGAGAGUAAGAAGGAUGAACCUUCUACCGAAGAUAAAGUAACGGAGGAGGAGGACGAUGCGAAAGUGGAGGACGCGGAGGAGGAGAAGAAGACGAAGAAGGUGGAGAAAACGGUUUGGGACUGGGAAUUGUUGAACGAUUCGAAACCUAUAUGGACCUUGAAACCGUCCGAGGUUGAGGAGAAGGAUUACAACGAAUUUUACAAAACACUAACAAAAGAUACUCAAGAUCCCUUGGCGAAGAUUCACUUUAUCGCAGAAGGGGAAGUCACCUUUAAAUCUCUUCUUUUCAUACCCAAAGUUCAACCAAGCGACAGCUUCAACCGUUACGGCACUAAGGCGGACAAUAUCAAACUCUACGUAAGACGAGUAUUUAUCACUGAUAAAUUCACAGACAUGAUGCCUAAUUACUUGUCCUUCAUCCGGGGCAUCGUCGACAGCGAUGAUCUGCCAUUAAACGUUUCCCGUGAAAAUUUGCAACAGCACAAGCUCAUCAAAGUGAUCAAGAAGAAACUGAUAAGGAAGGUGUUGGACAUGAUAAAGAAGAUUCCCAAAGAGGAAUACGAGAAAUUCUGGAAGGAAUAUAGCACUAACAUUAAAUUAGGCGUGAUUGAGGACGCUCAAAACCGAGCCAGGUUAUCAAAACUAUUAUCAUUCCAAUCUUCCACGCAGAAGGGAAUGACGUCGUUGUCAGAGUACGUUUCCCGCAUGAAACCGAACCAGCAGCACAUAUACUACAUUGCAGGCUCUUCUGAAGAGGAAGUGAAGAAAUCCCCAUUCGUUGAACGUUUGGACAAGAAAGGCUAUGAAGUUCUAUAUCUGACUGAGGCGGUGGACGAAUACACCAUUUCUGCUCUUCCUGAAUUCGACGGGAAGAAGUUCCAGAAUGUAGCGAAGGAAGGAUUCACCCUUGACGAGGGGGAGAAGGCGAAGGAAAGGAUGGAGCAGUUGAAAAGCACGUUUGAGCCGUUGGUCAAAUGGCUGAAUGAUAUUUUGAAAGACCACAUCAGUAAAGCUCUGGUUUCUGAACGCCUUACAGACUCCCCCUGCGCUUUGGUCGCCAGUAUGUUUGGAUGGACUGGGAAUAUGGAGAGAUUGGCGAUCUCGAACGCCCAUCAAAAGAGCGACGACCCGCAAAAGGCUUAUUACUUGAACCAAAAGAAGACCCUGGAAAUUAAUCCGAGGCAUCCACUUAUCAGAGAAUUACUGCGUCGAGUGGAAGUGGACACCGCUGAUCAGACGGCGAAGGACAUCGCCCUGAUGAUGUUCAGGACGGCCACUCUUCGGUCUGGGUAUAUGCUAAGAGAGACGGCCAGCUUCGCGGACAGCGUGGAACAAUUGAUGAGGAAAACUUUGGGUAUUUCCCUAGACGAAGUUCCCGAGGAGGAGGAAGCUCAAGAAGAGGAAUCUGCUUCGGCAGAAACAGAAGCAGGAUCUGAAUCGGAAAAGAUAAUGGGCAUGGACGAGAACGAAGAGGGAAAGGAUGAAGAGAAACACGAUGAAUUAUAAACAAUGAUUAUGUCGAAUAAGACUAAUUUUAUAGUUGCGAGACUAUACAAUGUAUAGUCGUACACGGUUAAUCUAUUUUUGUUGUUACAAACAGAAAUGAACUCUUGUAUAGAAAGGAAAAGGGGUAAAUGUACCCUUUGAUGUUUCUUUGUAGUAUUUCAAGUUUCUUUUUUUUUUUACUACUGUUGAUCAGAAUGAUACAUCAAAGGAUGUGAUAAGUACAAUAUCACUCAUGGCCGUUCGUCUAGUGAAAAAACACUGACUUUGAAGUCCAAGUAAAUAUCAUAAAUUUAAUUAUUUAAUAAUCAUCUGAUAAAAGGUUUAGAAUAUUCAAUAAUUUAAAAUUUCACUAUGAUUGAUUUUGUACACAAACGCGAAUGAAAUUACCCAUCGUAAUGUAUAUCAUAGUAGUCUCAUAAGUUACGUUUUGGUAAAGAGUUAUUAUAAUUUAUUUUUAUUUGAUCUUCCACCCUUUUAUAUGAUAAAGAAAAGCGUAAUGUCGACUGAGCAUAACUACAGUAUGUUUGUGAUGUGAAUGAAUGUAUUUGUAUAAAGAAUAUUAAAAAGAUUAUUGAAGUAAUAUAAAUGAUUUUAUAUUCAACUACGAA